UCACGGGCUUCCACAACAUGCUUCCCUUAGUUUUUAUCUAUUUUAAAUGAUGACAUUUCAGACAAUAAGCAUGACAUAAGUACACUAUAUUGGAUUUGCAGGAUAAUAUGGCAGAUUAUGAGAAAUACAGACAAAUGAGGAUAGCGGAAAAUCGAUUGAAGUUGCAAGAGAUGGGAGUUAAGUCUAUGGCUUAUGAAAUUAGUCAAUCAAUGAAGGGCAAAAAAAGAAUAUGCAACAAUAAGAAAAAAUAUCAAAAGCCGGAUCACGAUGAUGAGUACAUACCUGGUGAAGAUUGUGAACAACUAUUGAUCCACUCUAGUGAAGAUAGUGACAACGAUAAAAGGGAAAAGUGCAUAACAUUGAGGUCUCAAUCUAAAAAGAUUUUAGCUCAAAAGAUAAGCCCUGCUAUGCUUAAAGACAAUGCAAGUGACUGUCAAAUAGGAAUGGCAAGUCUAGUGAAAAGAGGAGGAAACACAAGGAAAAUUUACAACACAAAGUAG